AGUUCUUUGUUAAGCAAAGUUUGUUGCAUCCACCCAUGGUUCUCAAGGUGCACUACUUCGAUGCCGCCAAUCGUGGAGAGCCCAUCCGCUUAGCUUUGGCCAUUUCUGGCAUUAAGUUCGAGGAUGUUCGUAUCCCCCGCGAGGAUUGGGCAGCCAAAAAGGCAGCCAAUAUCUAUCCGAUGAACCAAGUGCCAGUUUUGGAGUUUGAGGAUGGUACGAUGGUGUCUCAAUCAGGCGCCAUACUUCGCUAUGUUGGAUCGUUGAAUCCUUCUGCUGGACUCUAUCCCACCGAUAUACUCCAGAGACUCCGCGUCGACGAAAUGCUCGGUAUUGUCACUGAUGUGCGUGGCAAGAUAGUCCCUACGAUGCGUAUGAGUGAUGAAGCUGAGAAGGCCGCAGCCCGCAAGGAACUGACUACAACCACCCUUCCGUUCUAUUUCGAAAGGAUAGAGAAGAUCAUGGGUGAACACAAGUUCUCGGCCGGGGACAACUUGACCAUCGCUGAUUUGGAUCUGGUCGGCGUUAUCGAUUGGUUGUCUUCGGGUGUCCUAGACGGCAUCCCGGCGGAUCUCGUCAAUGGUUACCCCAAGCUGCUGAAUCUUCGCAAGCUGGUUCACGACAUCCCAGCUGUCGCUCUUUGGAAGCAGAAACGCGAAGUCGUAUCGCAGUAAGGUCUUGUUCUAUUCCGUCUUUCACUCGAUUUCAAUCGAGUCGUGCUCGAGAUGUUCGAGCGGAUGAUAGUCGGAAACUAUGAUCCAGAGUAGCAACGAUGAUUUUCUCGGAUGGGGCCAUAUUGUUUAAUCGCC